UUUCAAAUGCCUUGGAAAGAGGAGUCAGAACUUACAGAGAGGGAUAAAGCUGCCAGAAUCAUUCAGAAGGCCUGGAAAUGUUUCCUUAAUGUCGCUGUAUUCCAACACUAUAAAAGACUGAUUGAUAUCAGAAGACAAGGGGAGCCACAUCAGAUAGUGAAAUAUAUUGAUCCUAAAGAGGCACAGCUUCUAGAUGCUGCUGCUGGCGUUCAUGUACGAUUCAGAUUAGGUGGUGUUAAAUUUCCACCUGAUAUAUACUAUAAAAUUUUCACUCAUAGACAUAUUGAAGAUCUGUGUGCUAAUAGCCCUAGAGAUUAUACAAAACUUCCAGCAAAAUAUACAUCUCAUAUUAAAAGUGAUGAUCUUCAGGAAGAGGAUCAUAGUGGCUGGUAUCGUCGUGUAGAGAACAAUGGCUGGAGGCCUGUCUCUGAUACAUUUUGGGUGUCUACUGAAAAUGUAGAGGUGGGAGAAGAAAAAGAAAUCGAAUUCCAUUUCUCUAAACUGAAGAGAAGGCAAGAUAUGGAAAAGAAAAGAAAAAUUAGAAAGAUAGAGUGGAUGAGGAAAAUGUACUAUGCAGGAAACCUACAGGCUAAGUCAACAAAUCAUAGAACUCUAGAUUUAAUUCACACAGCCACCAAGGGGCUAAUGAGAGCUGUUGAAGGCGGUGGAAUAGAUUCUGUGAUGGAAUGGGAAGUGGAUGAAGUGCUGAACUGGACAAAUGCGCUGAACUUUGAUGAGUAUAUUGCCAACUGGAAGGAAAUUGCUACAAGCAACUCUUCAGAUAACUUCAAAAGUUACACACUUGAGCAACCAUGGACAAACAGAUAUGACUAUGCAGAUAUAUCAGAGGAGAAAAUGGGAACACCAGAAGAUAAUUUAGAUGGAAAUAUUUAUAAAAAAACAAAUUCUACUAGACUAACACCCGAUUCCACUUAUGGAAUAUAA